AUGUCUUUCUUCGGCUCCUCUUCCUCCACUCCCGCCGGCGCCGAGCCUGGCUCGACCGAGUUGAAGAAUGCGCUCAUGAAGCAAGUCCAAGCCGAGGCCGCCAUGACCAACGCUCGCGCUCUCGUCAGCAAAAUCAACGAAAACUGUUUCGACCGCUGCAUCACAUCCCCCGGCUCCAGCCUCUCCUCCGGCGAAACGAGUUGUCUGUCUUCGUGCAUGGAAAAGUACAUUAGCGUUUGGAACACCACCAGUCGAACCUAUAUCAACCGUGUGCAGCUUGAGACAAAGAACAUGGGCGGUUCCGAGCCUCUCUUACAGUAG